AUGGCUAGUGUGGCCCAUGUAGAAGAUGAGAAGAAGGAAUCGAUUUGUGAUGUGCAUAGGUUGGCCCGGUUAGGUGUCCAACUAAUGGAAUCCUCCAAGGGUGGGUUUAUGGUUCAUAAUAGUUCUGAAUCGUCCUUUGUUGUUGAUGUGAAGUCUAAGCAACACCUAGAUCCUAUUUUAAUGGAGUUGAAAGAAUUGGUUCUCAAUAAGUCCGUUGAAGCUUUCUCCCAAGGGGGAGAUGAGGCCAACGUAGUAGUUGAUGCUCUUAGCAAACUAUCUAUAGAAAGUUUAGCGCAUAUUGAGAAAGAAAGAAGGGAAUUAGCAAAAGAUGUUCACCGGCUUGCUCGCUUUGGAGUUUGCCUUCUGAACAUAUCAGAUGAUGGUGUGACCGUUCAGAAUAGCUCAGAAUCUUCACUAGUAGCGGAUGUUAAGAAAACACAAGACAGUGAUUCGAUAUUACUUCAAUUGAAGGGUGUAGUUCAUCAAUAUAAAGUUGAGGGUUUCUCCCAAGGGGGAGAUGGUGUGCUUCUCUACCAGGGUCGUUUAUGUGUUCCUAAGGUGGGUGAGUUGAAGCAGUGGAUCCUUACAGAAGCCCAUAACUCCAGUUACCACUCCAGCAUUAACAUGGCACUGUUCAAGGCACUUUAUGGGAGGAGAUGUAGAUCACCCAUGGGGUGGUUUGGGGCUGCAGAUGUGAAAUAUUUGGGGGUUGAUUUGGUGAAAGAUGCUCAAGAUAAGGGCAAGCUUAGUCCUCGCUACAUCGGGCCAUUGGAGAUUCUUGACUAUGUAGGGCUAGUGGCUUAUAGGUUGGCUUUACCGCCUAGCCUAUCUGGGGUCCAUCCAGUGUUUCAAGUGUCCAUGUUGAAGAAGUAUCAUGUUGAUGGGGAUUACAUCAUUAAGUGGGCCUUAGUUUUGUUAGAAAAAGACCUUUGGUAUGAGGAAGAACCAAUAGAAAUUCUUGACCACAGUGUCCAGAAGCUGAGGACCAAGGUGAUAAUAUUUGUGAAAGUUCAAUGUAAGCAUCGUCCAGUUAAGGAAGCUACUUGGGAAACUGAGAAGGACAUGUGA